AUAAAUUUGUAGUGUCGAGAAAAGUCAACUGGCUCGUUAGUUGCAAUCCAUCCCGCAUAUGCUGCGUAGAAUCCGGGCCAAAACCCAAACUCGGUCGUUUGCACCAGCUGAAUUGCUUCCGCCCCAUUCUAUCACGCUCUUAGGACCGAUUUAGGACUUAAGGAGCACCCUGUGCUCGGGCGCGCUGUAGAAACGAGAAAGGCAUUAUGGACGCGCAGCGAUUGAGCUCUGCUGCCUCCACCAGCCCCCGCUGCGAGUUACAGUCUACCAAAUACUGGCGGAGUCAUGCCCGACCAAGCAUCUCAACCAAAUGUUUGAAAGCAAUCGGGCGGCCUGCCAUGACGCUGGGCUGUGGAGCGGAAUGCGCGGCCCUGAUGCGGCGACAGCAGCUGACGAUGGCGCCGCGCGGACGGCUGGCGCACUCACCCUGCUCCGCUCAGGCGGGGCGUGGGGCGGCGGAGGGGGCCACGCCACACGUCAAGGCUCGCAGUGCCCACGGCGGGACACCGCGGAAGGGAUCCCUUGAGAAGUCUUCCGUCAGCGCAGAGGGCCUCUCUGCGGCCUCGGGCUACGAGGCGGACGCGCUCAUUGCGCCCGCGUCCCAACAACCUCUGCAGGUGCCGCUGCCGCUGCCGGGGCCGCUGCUGGAGGGGCUGGUGGAGAGCGGCGGCUGGCAGAAGCGCUGGACGGUGGUGGGGCUGUGCUUCGUGGCGUUCGUGCUGUGCAAUCUGGACCGCGUCAACAUGAGCGUGGCCAUUCUGCCCAUGGCCAGCCAGUUCGGAUGGGACGCCGCCACCAUGGGCCUGGUGCAGUCGUCGUUCUUCUGGGGCUAUCUGCUGACGCAGGUUGCGGGCGGCGUGCUGGCGGACCGCUACGGCGGCCGCCUCAUCCUGGGGCUGGGCGUGCUGUGGUGGUCGCUGGCCACCGCGCUCACGCCCGUCGCCGCCGCCGCCGGCCUGCCCACGCUGCUGGUGGCGCGCUGCCUCAUGGGCAUCGGCGAGGGCGUGGCCAUGCCUGCCAUGAAUGCGCUUCUGGCCAAGUGGGUACCGGGCGGCGAGCGCAGCCGCUCGCUGGCGCUGGUGUACAGCGGCAUGUUCAUCGGCAGCGUCAUCGGACUGGGCGCCUCGCCGCACAUGGUCAACAACUUCGGCUGGCAGAGCGUGUUCUACGUGUUCGGCAGCAUGGGCGUGCUGUGGAACGUCGUGUGGCGCAGCCAGGUCCGCAGCAGCCCUGCUGAGGACCCGACCCUGCUCCCCGACGAACGAGCCUACAUCCUUGCCAACACGCCGAACAGCAGCCGGGAAAACGCCGGCAACAUCCCUUGGCGCGCUCUGCUGUCGCGGCGGGAGGUGUGGGCCAUCAUCCUGACCCACUUCUGCCACAACUGGGGCCUGUUCAUUCUGCUCACCUGGAUGCCGGCCUACUACAACCAGGUGCUGGGGCUCAACCUGACUCAGAGCGGGCUGCUGUCGGUACUGCCGUGGGUGGCGCAGGCAGUGAUGGCCAACGUGGCGGGCUGGGCGGCGGACAACCUGGUGGAGCGGGGAGUGAGCAUCACCACCGUGCGCAAGGUCAUGCAGUCCAUCGGGCUGCUGGGCCCCGCCUUCUUCCUGUCGCAGCUGGGCGGAGUCACCUCGGCCACCGGCGCCGUGCUGUGCAUGAUCGGCUCCCAGGGCCUGGACGCCUUCAGCCAGGCCGGCCUGUACGCCAACCACCAGGACAUCGGCCCGCGAUACGCGGGCGUGCUGCUGGGGCUGUCCAACACCGCGGGCGUGCUGGCGGGCGUGCUGGGCAGCCUGGUCACUGGCUUCCUGCUGCAGGCGGGUGGCGACGCGGGCUGGUCGAACGUUUGGACGGUGGCUGUGGGUUUCUACCUGGCGGGCACCGCCAUUUGGCUCAGCAUGAGCUCCGGCGAGAAAAUCUUUGAUUAAGCCUUUGCUUCGCGGCUGGAACGAAAGCCGCUGCAGUGGAAGUAGAUAACACUGAUCUCACCAGCUGUGGGUUGGAGCUGUGGCAGGAGCCCUGGAGUCGCUGAGCAGGAGUCUGCAGGCCGGCGCAAGAAGAGUUCGUCAGAAGUCAAGGAGGGCGUGGCGUACUUUUUUCGGGGCGGUGGCACUCAAGUGUCCGCCGCACGUUUGCAGACGGUAACCUGCGUGCGCCGCGCCUGCCAUGGAUCCGGCACAAGCUAGGAGCAUGUGUGUAAGCAUAUUCGGUUGGGCUGGCCUGAUGAUUCUUUUUAUUCGGAGUUGCAGGAGCGGGUGGAAAGGCCUAAGGAUGCCGGCAAGCGGGCAGGUGGGAUGCUGCCUCGGGUUCCCAGGCUGGUGCGCCUGGGUGUGGCACCAGCAGGGACGUCAUGCAGCAAUGCCCAAUGACGUCCCACAGCAGAAAGCCGCAGAAGUUAGGAUUAAGGAGAACGUGGUAACUCAGGCACUUUGACGCACAUAGGAUUACUGACGUCUGUUCGACAAAAUGACAAAGCAACAGUACUGUUUGUACCGCGUACGGUUUGAGCUGCAUGAGUGGAGAGCGAGUUGACAAAGCGUUUGCAUUAUACCAGGUGUUGGGUGUCGUGAUUUGUUGGCAAAGGGCAGGCGUCAGGGGCGGUGGGUGCGUCGCUUGCUAUGGGUCACAGUCGCCAGGGACCCGAAGACGUGGCGCCUGCACGCCACCGAUAUGCUCAAGGAAAAAAGCGCGAUGUUUUGUGUCGUAGUUCGAAGUCUGUGAGUCUGUGGAGCCGAAGGCUGGUCUGAUUGCCGCUGUCUGGGUCCUGUACACGUGUGCAGAGUGAUGAAUGUACGUUUGCUACAUCAGAAGAGAGUGUGUGAGCGAUGGAGAGAUACGGUACGGUAGUAGGCAAGCUUAUAAAAGAGAGUUGAGGUGGGUCCGACAAGGCUAGUGUUCUGUUUAUUCUGGCAAGACAUGAGGUGAUGCGUACGGUUUGCGGCGGUGACGGCUGCAUAAAGCUGUGUUUGAGGGCCGCGGGCUCAUCUACUAGGACCCUGCAGUGGGCCUAUCACACGACACACGCGUGCUUGGACAUGUGUAUUGGGAAAGAAAGGGAGAGGGGAAGUUGCAUGAGUGUGUAACAUUGUUAUUAC